UCUCUCAUCAGCAGAUAAAUGAUAAACUUAAACAUCCAUUGUCAAUUAUAGAUAGUUAACAAGAUGCCAUAUAGGUUAAAUUCCUCUCAUGGGGCUGCUACAUCUCACUAUCACAUAUUGUGAUGAAAUGUGUAAGCAAACAGAGAUGCUAAUGGAUUCCACAGAUGUCAGUUCUGUUGCUGUUUUGCGGGAGAAACAGACUUUUAAUAACUUUCCACCUAGAUUGCUUCUUUAGCAUAAUUAUGGGAAGAUAAACAGACCCGGACCAAAGUCCAUCUGAACACGUGCAAAAACAAAUGAGGUGAAUGCCCGCAGCAGAUAGCAGAGAGGCUCAUUCAGGAGAAUGGUGGGAAAAACAAGUUUGUUAAGACAAAGGUGAAUUAGUGUAGUGUAGUGUUAGACACUCAGAGGGAACUAUUGGACUUUGAGGAUGAAACACAGCUUUACGAGGAAUUUCAGAUGACAACAGAUCCAAGCAGCAACCUAGGCACAGAAUGACAGCAUGUAUUUUAGGUAAAUGUUCUUGGAGGUGGAGGAGGGGAUGGUGUGCCUCCGCGACGAAGAGUCUCUCGUCUAAUCAUGCACUGAAGCGGCUGGUUCCCGCCCUGUGCCUGGUGGUCGUGGUGAUACACGGCCUUGCGGACAAACUCCGAAACUUUGUGGUCGGCAUCUUCAUCCCUCAGUACCACUACCCCUAUGCAGUGGCUCUCUGCUUUGCCCAGGUUCUGAUCUCUCUCUUAGUCUUAAAUCUCUUCCAUGUCCUGGAUCUGGUGCAUCUAAAGCCUUACUCCAGGUCCCUGGGUGAGAGGGUGUUGGUGCCUUCUAUCUGUAACAGCAUCCAUGCUGUUCUGGCCAUGUGGGCCAAGGCUAGCAGCUCGUACCUCUUCCCCCUCCUUCUGCCUUUGCUGCCUAUGGUAACUGUGGGCUUCAGUUUCUAUCAGAAGUUGGCAUCCACCCCAUCUAUCCACAUCUCUGUUUUGAUUUCCAUUCUGGGUGGGACAUCUUUUGCUAUCACAGCCUCCCAGGGUCUGUCAGGUAUUGAGCCUCUGGAGUACAUGUAUGCACCUCUGGCUUUAAUCCUCCACAGUCUGUCUCUGACAUGGCUGACUAAAGUGUCUGAAGCGGAACACCGCCAACACCAAGAUACCCAAGCCUCUAUAUUUGACAUAUACUACACCCAGCUGGUCAAUCAGAGCUGGGUGCUGGGCCUCCUGUGGCUACUGCACCCGGACAGUCCCUGGCAAGUGUUGAGUCACCGCAGCUGGCAAAGCCUGCUCUUCCAAGGAUACCUGCUUGCUAUUCUCCUGCUGGGGAUGGUGCUGAAUUUUCUGGUUGGUAUGUCGGCUCUGUGUGUCUCACCGCUUGCUGCUGCACUGCUACACUCAGCAAGGCGGGUGGUGCAGCCAUUCCUCCAGCUUUUGUAGUUUCACAUACAAAGGACUUAAAACUAUUAUUGACUGUUUUGUACUGUAUUAAUAUACACACAUUGUAAUUUGAUCCACAUCAGUGACCAAAGUCCUUUUAUUCUAUGGAGAAUAACUAGUUACAUCAUCUUCUUUCCUCCGUUCACGAUAACAUUCUGAGCCACUAUGAUAAAAUACAGAAUGUCAGUAGAGAAGCAACAUGCAUUAGAUUGUAACAAUGAUAGCACAUUGCAAACACAUUCUGUAACAAGCUGAGGAUUUACAGUUGGUUCAAACUGUAUAAAUGAAGCCACUGCCAGUAUAAAUGACAAUUUUCUGUAUUUUUCUAUUAUUUCCUUUUCUUAACCAGUACUCAGUUGACAGGUCUAAAUUACAUAAAUGAAGGCUUGGAUUUUGUGGCAUUAAAUAUUUACUUUAAAUACUAACAUCUUCUUAAUAUGCCCUUAAUUCAUGGAUCUUUCUUCAAUGUUGUUGCUUACACUGUAUAUGUGACAUGAUUUAUUUAACAGUGUUUAAGAUGAACUGAUUUGAAAUUCCCAUGUACUGCCUUGAACGAUUCGGACACCUUUUUCAGAUAAGAAGGGAUGAUGUUGAGAACUGGGUUAUUUGUAUAGUACACAGACCGUUAAACACGCUUUCGUACGUUUACAGUGACAGUGUGGAAAAUGUUUAAACUCAGAUCUUUGACUGGAGGAACUUUUAACCAGAGUUUUGUAGAAGUUGCCCUUGAAUGAAUCUGACUGAAGGUUAUUACUCAGAUGAAAAGGGAUUGUGAUGAGGAACGAGUUCAAUGGUGCUAUCAAUAAAUUCUUUUAGUCAUUAUCAGAAACUCAUAUUGUAAUUUAAGAAUAUGCUUUUAUUAUUUAAUUUGUUUCCUCAAAGUAUUUAUGUAUUUCCUU